AUGGAAGGUACUCUUCCCUCCUCUGAUUUCCCGCCUCUUGUUUCAUCUCCUAGCAAGCAGAGUCGUGUUUUCUCCAAGAGCUGGAAUAAAGUUUUUGAGCCAUCAAAUGCUACUGCGAAUGCAUUAAAAUUUUCUCACUUUCCAUCGGAACCGGAUAUCAUCCCUUUCUCUGGGGAGAAGCUAUCCAACGGUGGAGAGGAUUGGAAGCUUUGCGUGGUUGGAUACUCUAUCGGAAGGCGGCCUUACUACGAAGCGUUGCUGUCUGCUGUUAAAAAAACUUGGAAUUUGAAAGGUUCGGUUCAACUCCUUUCUCUAAAUGAUGGAUUUUUUCUAUUCCGUUUUUCUUGUGCCGAAGAUUUCAACAUGGUGUGGUCGAGAGGUGUUUGGAUAAUUUUGGGGAAGCCCUUUGUCCUCCAAAAAUGGCAUCUGAAAUUCAUUCCCAAAGGGGAAGAAUUUGCAUCUGUGCCUAUUUGGGUGAAGAUCCAUGAUCUCCCUCUUGCAUGCUGGAACUCAGAGGGGAUAUCGAGGAUUGCUAGCAAAAUCGGCAUACCGGUUGCUGCUGAUAGCCUAACAGAGCAGAACACCAGACUUACCUUCGCCAGAAUUUGUGUUCUAGUUGACUGUUCGGCUACUUAUUCGGAGGAGAUCCAGGUAUCGUUAGAUGGGGAAGUGGAGAACAAUCACAAGGAUACAGGGAAAGAUAUUAGUAAAGAAACGAACAUUAACAGAGGUAGGAGUACUAGCAGGAGGCCUCGUCUCAGGCACAAUGUCACGUCUGAUAAUGUGGAUAAUCUUCAGGUUACUAAUAUUAGUAAUCUGGAAUCUAUUAACCCUCAAAACUCUCAUAGCAUUCAAGAAUCUCCUUCCUUGGUCAUUGGACACCCUUUACAAUAUCAGCCUCAUUCCCCUCCUCCUGGCAUUUUAAAAUCAAGAAAUGAAGAUAUUAUUCCAGAGCAGCCUCCUGUAAGGGAUAAUUCUCUUAUGGUUUGUAUUCUGGAGAUCAGGAUUCACAUCCACUCUCUUGAUGACUCGUUUUUUACUUACGCUCACAAGCUCUUUUUGAAUGAGGAUAGUUGCAACAAUUUUGCUCUCUCCAACUCUGGGAGAAUCUGGGUGAAGUGGAACUCUUCUAAACUCACUUUCACUCCUGUAGUCACUACUUCUCAAAUGAUCUCUGGUUUCAUCUCUGUAUCUAAUCAAUCUCUUUUUCAGCUUUCUGUUGUAUAUGCGUCUAAUUGCUCCACAGAUCGUAAAUCUAUGUGGAAUGACCUUACUCUUGCUGGUCCGGCUGAAAAUGCUCCUUGGGCGGUUAUAGGCGACUUUAACUGUUGCAGAUAUGCAACAUAUAAGCUGGGUGGCGCCCAACUCUCUCAUACUGUUCUCAAAGACUUCAAUGAAUGUAUUUUUCUCAAUGGGCUGGAGGAUCUUCAUUCUGUUGGAUGCAAUUUCACUUGGUUUAAUCAACGUGUGGACAACCCCAUCCACAUCAAAUUGGAUAGAGUGCUGGUUAAUAAUUGUUGGCUGAAUCAAUUCCCUGAGUUUUUCUGUUCCAUCCAAAAUCCUUCCUGCUCUGAUCACUGCCCUGUAAUUUUGCAUCAGGGAAGCUCUUUCAAGGUUUUCCACCGCUUUCUCUUCAAAAACUAUUGGACUAAGGUGGAUAAGUAUUGGGCUUUGUUACUUGAGGUUUUUUCCAGGCCUAGCUCCGGGAACCCGUUAUCUCAUUUUUGCCUAUCUCUCAGGCAAUUAAAAAAAGACAUCAAAUUGGAGUGUUGGUCUUCCUAUAACAGUGUUUCUAAGCACAUUGAGGAUCUCAACUCCAAGCAAAGCUUUCUUUUGGAGCAAUUAACUCUAGAUCACAGUAACGUUGAGCUUAACAAUGCUUAUAAAUCCUGUAGCAUCAAGUUGGUUUAA